AUGAGCAGCUCAUUUCCCGCAAGCGGCUUCAACUCGCAGUGGGAUAUUGACGUCGGCUACGAUGACGAUGUCAUUGACCAGAGCGAGUAUCAGUAUGCCGCCCGCGAUCAUAUCCUUUUCUGUAUCGACGCGUCACAGUCGAUGCAGACGCCCGCCCCCGAUGACAAGAACGAGGCGGGAGUCAUUCGUGGCAAGAGUCCCCUGCACCAGGCUCUUGACGCCGUGGUCAAGAUCGAGCGCACGAAAGUCAUAACCGGCCCAAGUGACAGCGUCGGCGUGCUGCUUUACAACAUUGACUCUGCAAAGGCACCUCCUUCAGGAAACGGAAGCGUGCGCGAUGGCACAUACGUUGUGCAGCCGUUGCGAACCAUCAGCGCUGAAGAGAUCAAGCGGCUCAUCAAACUUCUUGAGCGGGCUAAUGACGAGUAUGCCGAGCAAGAAGACGGCGAUGCGCCCACCGUUGAGCCCACUGUUCUGCGCGAGAACUUCCCGCCUGUCGCAUUGAAGGACGAGCUUAAUACCGCUGGGGUGUUCCAAGCGUGCAUGUACCUCUUCCGCGACGCUGGCAACCGCGUAACUGGUAACAAGCGCGUCUUCCUUAUCACCGACCAAGAUGAGCCGCCUGGAGCGGAAGUCAAUCGCUCCCCAGCCCGCACAGUCUUCACCGACAUGACCGCCUAUGGUGUGUCGAUCAACACUUUCUUCAUCAACCGUCCUGGCCACUUGUUCAAUGCGAACACUUUUUGGAAUGACAUCCUCCAGCGCCCAGAGACACUUGAGGGCUCGUCCUCCUCUGACGGGAUGGAGGAUCUGACAGACCUCAUUUCAGAGCUUGUCGUCCGCCAGGCACCGAAGCGCAAGCAGUUCUCCAUUCCACUGAAGUUUGGGGGGCGAGAUGGGGACAUUGAGAUUGGCGUUGCUGGAUAUGCCUUAAUAUCAGAGCAGAAGAAAGGCACUUCCAAAAUGGUUCGCAUGCGAGGGCGCACGGUUGAGGAGGUUCAGACAAGGACGAUAUAUACAUCUGCCGAAACUGGUGGAGAUCUCCUACCUGACCAACUCACGUCCGCAUUCGAGUUCGGCGCGGAAGCUAAAAUCGAGAACAUGCUCGAACGGGACGCUUGGGAACAGGGCCAAGAGGAGGAUAGAGACGAGGACGGGGAUCUGCGCAUGGAUGGCGCCUCCGGCGAAGACAGCGGGGAACCAAAACUUGUUGCGAAGACCCGACUCAAGUUUACGGACGAGCAAAUCCGCAGCUAUAAAACGCUCGAUAUUGAACCCCCUCGCUUCCAAUCGCCCGAACAUCUCGUGAUGACUGACAAUAUCAAGCACUCGUACUUCAUCUAUCCGGACGAGUCGACCUACACAGGCAGUACACGCGCUUUCACGGCUCUUCUGAGGUCUUGCAUCAAGCUCGACCGCCACGCACUGGCUUUGUGCCGCUUCCGCGCGAGCAGUUCUCCGGAAUUUGCAGUCCUUGUUCCUCAGGAGGAGACCAUCAACAAGAAGGAAGGUGGACAGGAGGACCCACCAGGCUUUCAUGUAGUCAUUUUGCCCUUUGUAGACGAUAUCCGCGACCCACCUAAGAAGAUGACCUACAACUUGACAGCGACCGAUGAAGAGACCAAGGCCAUGGAGCGGCUCAUGCGGCGCCUCCGCUUCAAGUCGGGCAAGUAUGUCUCAGACGUUUACCCAAAUCCAGCCCUUCAGUACCACCAGAAACAGUUACAAGCGCUGGCGUUCGAUGAGGACUUCGAUACCGAGGAGUUCGAUGACAAAGCGCUGCCCAAGUACCUGGGCAUCCACAAGGCCGCGGGCCAGCUCAUGAAGGACUGGAAGAAACUGAUUGAUGAUGACGAGCGUGCGGUAGAGACUGCGCUCAACCCUCCCUCUAAGCGACACGUUGUGGCGAUUGACCCUGCCGACCUCCAAGAUAUCCCAGGUGCCUACCGCAAUGGGACGCUGGAAAAGCUCAAGGUGCAGGAGCUGCGUGAUUAUGCCAAAGCCAAUGGAAUCAGCCUGUCGGGUCUCACGAGGAAGGCCGACAUCAUCGAUGCCAUUACGGAUCAUCUAGCGCAGGAUACAGGGGCGAAGAAGUCGAAGCACUACUAG